UACCUACGUCAACCGUCAUUGUAAAAAUAUUUCAGUAAUGAUGUGCUGCUGUUAUCAUCCAUGUGUGUUGCGCACUGAAAAGCAUAAAUUCAUUACACUGAAUAACACUGUAUCAUAAUCUCUGUUAAUCCCGAACAAGUCGUGUACUUGGUUUUGUGUUUUAUGGUUAUCUGUGCGCUAUGAUAACCGGUGUUGUCGUGUUGAUAACAACAGUUUUACAUUUUUAAAAUUCUUGGUUGUAGAAGUCACUGAUAAAUUAUUGUUAAAUAUAAAUUAAUCCAGUGGCGCCGAACUCUAUGCUUAAGUCAGGCCGCAGCCGAUCUGUGGUUUGCAUUUUGCAGUAUUCUGACAUAACGAUUAUUUUCUUGAGAAAUGCCGGAUGAAUGGUAUGGAAAUGUUCAAAUGUAAAUUGCCCAAAUUAAAACACAUAAUAAAAUAUUUUGCGGAACGUUAUGGUACAGUCUGUCGGAAACUCAUGAAUGCUUUGCUUUGGGUUUAAAUUGUUAUGUUUUUAAAAUCAUUUCCAUUUAUUGACAAGUUUACAUCGAUACCGAACAAUUUAAAUUUAUUACAUUUAAGCUGUGGUCAAAAGAAAAUGAGUACUUUAGAAUAUGUUAUUGAUGGUUGGAAUGAUGUCCAAUCUAGAAUUAAAGCAGUGAUUCAAAAACGAAAACAGUCAGAUCAGAGUAAUAUAGAGCCAAGAUUAGUUGCUGUUAGUAAAACAAAACCUAUUGAACAUAUUAUUGGCAUUUAUCAGCAAGGUCAAAAAUAUUUUGGUGAGAACUAUGUCCAAGAGUUACUUACUAAAUCAUUUGAUGCCGAAAUAUUAGAAAAAUGUCCUGACAUCAAAUGGCAUUUUAUUGGUCAUUUACAAAAAAAUAAAGUUGCAAAAGUGUUAUCUGUUCCUGGCUUACAUGUUAUUGAAACUAUAGAUAGUGAAAAAUUAGCUAAUGAAGUUAAUGAUAAAUGGAAAAAACUUAACAAAGAUAAUAAACUGAAAAUAAUGGUUCAAGUUAACACUAGUAAUGAAAAAGAAAAAAAUGGUGUUUCGACUAAUGAAGUAGUGGAUUUAUAUAAACAUAUUAUUGACAAAUGUGAAAAUUUAAAACUGAUUGGCUUAAUGACAAUUGGUCAAUAUGGCUAUGAUUGUUCUCUGGGACCAAAUCCAGAUUUUUUGGCCUUAAUUGAUAGUAGAAAAAAUGUUUGUGAUAAAUUGAAAUUAAAUUUAUCUGAAGUUGAACUAUCCAUGGGAAUGUCUGAUGAUUUUGAACAUGCUAUUGAACUAGGGAGCACAAAUGUUCGAGUGGGAAGUAGUAUCUUUGGAUAUCGCCCCAGAAAAGAAAGACAAUAAUUUAUUCAUAAGAUUUCAUAAAAAUAAUAAAUAUAUUUUUUUUUUUUUUUUGAAUCUAUAGUUAUACCAUGAAAAUAAUCUAAGUACUUAACCUUAAAUAUU